UACUACAUCCAAAUGCUUGCAAACAGUUAACUAUAUGCAGAAAAGUCAGCAUAGCUGUGAAGUAUGCAGUGAAUUUUAAUUGAGGAAAAAGGACAGCUGCUUACAGGAUGGUCUAAUGUGCAUGCUGCCUGGAAGAUAUUUUCAAUUGAAUGCUUUGUACUUUGUCCUCUGAACAAGGAUUUCAACUUUAUGGAGCUGUAGUAUUAUCGGAGCUUGCAGUAAAGUGAAACUCAAAAGAAAGUGUACAUUUUACACAGGGAAAUAUUACAUCUCAUUCGAACAGCUGCUCCAACUGUGUCUUACUGAGAAUUACUGAGCAUUUCUGGAACUGUUACUGCUGUACAGAAUCUUCUGGGCAAGAUGAAAUUCUGGAUUCUUAUUCUAUAUUCCGUUGUGGUUGCAUCUGAUCCAUUCCAGUCAAAGAGUUCUUUUUCGUCAGUGAGAGGAUCUUGUAAGAGUUUGUGUUCCUGUGAAGAAAAGGAUGAUAUCAUGAUUAUAAACUGUGAAGAAAGAGGCAUCAAGAUGAUUUCAGAAAUAAAUGUCCCACCAUCACGGCCUUUCCACCUUAAUCUGUUAAACAAUGGCCUGACUAUGUUACAUGUGAAUGACUUUGCUAUCCUUGUUAAUGCUAUCUCUCUUCAUCUUGGUUUUAAUAACAUUGCAGAUAUUGAGCCUGGGGCUUUCAAUGGUCUCAGCCUUCUUAAGCAACUUCAUAUCAAUCACAAUUCCUUAGAAACACUUAAAGAGGAUACAUUUAAUGGAUUGGAAAAUUUGGAAUUUCUUCAAGCAGACAACAAUUUCAUCACAGUGAUAGAUGCAAGUGCCUUUAGCAAGCUCAACAGACUUAAAGUGCUUAUUUUGAAUGAUAAUGCCAUUGAGUAUCUUCCUCCAAACAUAUUUCGCUUUGUGCCGUUGACCCAUUUAGAUCUUCGUGGAAACCAGUUACAGACACUACCCUAUGUUGGCUUUUUGGAACACAUAGGUAGAAUAUUAGACCUUCAGUUGGAAGACAAUAAAUGGGCCUGUAACUGUGAUUUGCUGCAGCUGAAGAUAUGGCUAGAAAACAUGCCCCCUCAAUCAAUAAUAGGUGAUGUUGUAUGCAAUAGUCCUCCAUUUAUCAAAGGCAGCAUCUUAAGCCGGUUGAAAAAAGAAUCACUUUGUCCCACUCAUCCUGUCAAUGAACUUGAAGAUCCCUCAGGGUCACUGCCCUUGGUUGUAACCACCUCUAUCAGUGAUAGUCACUUACCAACUAAGGUGAUUCCUAUCCUGAAAGCUCCUACUAAAGAACCAAGUUUAAUGCUUCAUACUUCAAAGCCUACUACUCAGUUUCCAGGAAUCUAUUGUCCUGUACCCUGCCAUUGCACCAGCCAUAUGCUCUCAGGAGUACUCAUGCACUGCCAGGAGCGAAAUAUUGAAAGCUUGUCUGAUUUAGGACCUCCUCCUCCAAAUCCUAAAAAGCUUAUUCUAGCUGGAAACAUUAUUCAGACAUUACUGAAAUCUGAUCUGGUGGAUUAUGCCAGCCUAGAAAUGCUUCACCUGGGGAACAAUCGCAUUGAAAUCCUAGAGGAAGGAUCCUUUAUGAAUCUGACUAGGCUGCAGAAAUUAUAUCUCAAUGGCAAUCAUCUUACAAAGCUAAGUCAGAAUCUCUUUCUUGGACUUCAGCACCUUGAAUACCUGUAUCUUGAAUAUAAUGCCAUCAAAGAAGUUUUGCCAGGGACAUUUAAUGAAAUGCCAAAACUUAAGGUCCUCUACUUAAAUAACAACCUUCUGCAGACUUUGCCACCUCAUAUCUUUUCAGGGAUUCCACUUGCCCGAUUAAACCUGAAAACAAAUCAAUUUGCUCAUUUGCCCGUGAGCAAUGUCUUGGAUGAGCUGCAUAGGCUAGUACAAAUUGAACUUGAAGACAACCCCUGGGACUGUACCUGUGAUUCAGUUGGACUGCAAAAAUGGAUACAAAAACUGAGUAAGAAUGCAAUGAUGGGUGAUAUUUUUUGUAAAUCUCCAGGACACCUAGCAAAAAAGGAAUUGAAAUCCCUGAACAGUGAAGUCUUGUGUCCAGGUUUAAUAAACAGCCCUGCCCUACCAACCUUUGCCAGUGUUGUAGUUGUGACAACUUCUUCUACUACUACCAACACUGCAGACACCAUCCUACGGUCCCUUACAGAUGCUGUUCCACUUUCUGUUCUAAUAUUAGGACUUCUGAUUGUGUUUAUAACUAUUGUAUUUUGUGCAGCAGGAAUAGUUGUUCUUGUCCUGCAUCGACGAAGAAGAUGGAAAAAGAAACAAGCAGACGAACAAAUGAGGGAUAGUAGCCCAGUUCACCUUCAGUACAGCAUGUAUGGACAUAAAACAACACACCACACAAUGGAGCGCCCAGCUGCAACCCUCUAUGAGCAACGCAUAGUUACUCCCAUGGUUCAGGUUUAUCGCAGCCCAUCAUUCAGCCCCAAACAUACUGAGCAACAGGAGGAGGGAAGUGAUAAGGAAGCUAAUGAUUCCAGACAUCUCCGACAAAGUCUCCUGGAAAGAGAGAACAGUUCACCUCUUACAGGUUCAAACAUCAAAUAUAAAGCUACAGAUCAAUCUGCCGAAUUUCUGCCUUUUCAGGAUGCCAGUUGUUUGUAUAGAAACUUUCUUGAAAAAGAGAGAGAACUGCAGCAACUAGGAAUCACAGAGUACCUAAGAAAAAAUAUUGUCCAGUUCCAGCCAGACAUGGAAGUUCAUUAUCCUGGAACACAUGAGGAGCUGAAGCUAAUGGAGACACUCAUGUACUCCAGGCCAAGAAAGGUUUUUCUAGAACAAACUAAAAAUGAGUAUUUCGAACUCAAGGCUAAUUUACACGCUGAGCCUGACUACCUGGAAGUCCUGGAGCAGCAAACAUGAAGUGAUAAUAUUUUGGGCUGGGGCUGAAUUUAUGUAAUUCUAUUUUAAAUUGGAACAAUUGUAAAUAAAAGUGCCUUAUAGUAAUAUGUCAGCAUUCAGAACUUAAGCACAGCAGUAAUCCUAGCAAAAAAAACCUCAGGGAUCACUGUGGGAAGCCAUGGAGUUGUGUGCAGGCAAUAUGUCUCACCCCAAGUUAAACAUGAGCUUUGAGUGAUUGAGCUGUGGGAGGAAGAUUGCUUAUUGCAAUAUUCCUCAGCAUUUUAAAAAGGUGUGUAUGUCACUCUCUAUUUUGUA